UCUUGCAGAAACUAUAGUUAUCUUCCUGUUUUAUUAAAUUAAUCUGGUAAUGUUAAAAGUAGCAUUGUUUAUUAAAAUCAGCUAUAUCUUUUAGCAUUACCAUGUUUCUUAGUUUCUUUACAGCAGCGCUGUGUACCAUAUGGCUCAUUGUCCUUCAAAGUAAGACCUCGAACACAGUUCAUACUUACAAACAGCUUAUUUUUGCCCUGCAUAUUGUAUGAUAUAAUUGUGAUUCUCCAUGUUUUUUUCUCUCAUGACGAGCAGUUUUGGGCAAUCCCACGUCAGGCGAGGCUUCUUCAGUCAGACUCGUUGAUGGCAGCAGCUCUUGUUCGGGAAGAGUGCAGGUUCUCCAUGAUGGAAAAUGGGGAACAGUGUGUUACGAUGGCUGGGAUUUGUUAGACGCAAAUGUUGUGUGUAGUGAGUUGGGCUGUGGGGAAGCGAAAGAGGUGAAGUCUGCACAUUAUUUUGGGAAUAGCUCAGGACAAAUAUGGUUGACUAAGGUGAAAUGUUUUGGGAAUGAGUCCUCGCUGACAGAAUGUCCAGUGGGUGGAGAGGAACAAUGGGGACAAAAAAGUGCCUUCUUGACAUGUAUGCUGGAGUCAUCUGUCAGACUAGAACCAGGCUGGUGAGUGGCAUCAACUCUUGUUCCGGACGAGUGCAGGUUCUUUAUAAAGGAACGUGGGGAACAGUGUGUCAUGAUGGCUGGGAUCUGUCUGAAGCUGCAGUGGUGUGUAGAGAGAUUGGCUGUGGGGACGUCAUUGAGGUGAAGAGUUCGGCGUAUUUUGGAGAAGGUUCAGGACAAAUAUGGAUGGAUAAUGUAAACUGCACUGGAAAUGAGUCUGCGUUGAGCAAAUGCGCACAUCUUGGACUGGAAUCUAAUGACUGCAAUCACUCCGAGGAUGUUGGAGUCAUCUGUCAGCCUGUUAUAAGGACGGUAGAAGGCUUUGACGCUUGUUCUGGAAGAGUGGAGGUUCUCCAUAAUGGAAAAUGGGGAACCGUGUGUGAUAAUAACUGGGAUGGAUCAGAUGGCAAAGUGGUAUGUAAAGAGAUGGGCUGUGGAAAUAUCAAAGCAUUAACAUAUGGUGCUUAUUUCGGAGUCACAUCGGGACAAAUAUGGAUGAGCAAUGUGAGCUGCAAUGGAGAAGAGGCUGCUUUGAGCACCUGUGCAUUUGAGGGAUGGGGAACACAUAACUGUCUUUAUGCAAGGCACGCUGGAGUCAUAUGUCGCUACCUUCAGAAUAACAGAUGA